AAAUGAGUCGAUUGCAAGUCCAUCCCUGGCAAGCGAUGCAGAAAAAUUAAAAACACAGCAAUUACACAAUCUCAGGUGUGUGUCCUUUGCACCACAGUCCUCGUAUUGUUGGCAGCAACGCAAUGGCCAUGUUGACGCGCCUCACCAGCGGUGGCACCACAACAGUGACGCCCAGCUCACCAAAAGGCUUGCAACGUUUCCAAAACUAUAUUGCAGCCUUUCUCUGGCCAGGAUCGCAGUCGCAACGUCACCAGCGUAAAUCGACACAGCUGGACGCCAUUGAUUGUUUCACCAAUGAUCUAGUCAGUCGUAAGACACAGAAAUGGGAGGAGCUGCGUGACAACUUGAUGAAGCCAAACACGACAAUCGAAGCAGAAAAUAACUAUGCAGCUGAUAACAACAGCAACAUCAAUGUGGGAAAGAGCGGCAGUAUGACAGCGACGGCUGCCAGUUUCAAUAAAAGCGUCGGUCUUAUGUCCAAGGGCAUGAUGAGUGAUUUGCAGGCUCUGCGUUCGCCGCAACUGGGUCUGGACAUACGUUCCCUCUCGCAGCCGCAGCUGGACAAUUUGCUCCUGGCCACGCUGGAGAUCAAGAACAAGCUAGACUUCCUCUACUUAAUACGCCAGUGCAUACGCUGGCAACAACUACCGUCCAACGAGGUGUUCAUCGCCUGUCUCAAGUACUUGAGCACGCUGAGUCGAUUGCAGCAGUUGGAUGCGCUUGCCGAAACAUGCCGUGAUCUAAAGCAUCCGUUUGCAAAAAUGUACGCAGACCUGGCUCCUUUCAAGGCCAUUGCGUUGUGGCACAAUGGAAACGCGGAUGUGGCUUUAAUGACGCUGCAUCGGGGGUAUGGCAUAAGCCUGGGGACAGACGAGGGUCGACGCAUGAUACGUGCCGCUUUCCGCACCAUUGCUGAGGAGACGCUGGCCCAAAAGAGUGAGGCUGUACUCGUCUCGCUCAUGGAGGUGGCGCGCGCAAUUCAUCGUGAGCACAAGGACAUCUUUGUGGUGGCAUGUGUGUGGAAACAGUGCUUUGCAAGCGACUGGUUCUGCGACCAGAAGUCAGCCAACGAACUUUUCGAACACUACAAGGAGCUGCAGGAAUUGGUCGAACGCAGGGCCAGCCCACUGUGCUCCUCAUUCCUGAGCCGCAACAACGUGGAUGCAGUGCAUCGUCUAAUCGAGGUCUUUCUGCAGCACAAACAACGCGCCGCCUGCGCACAUUGCCUCAGUUUGCUCUUUAACUACCAAUACCUGCGUAAGGAUUUACGCGCCUGCGCCGAGAUUGUGAAGUCCUGCAGUGAACUGGAAAUGCCGCUGAGCGAGCUGCAAAAUGAACAGUUCCUUAGCCUGUUCCUCGAUCAAAGUGAUCCCUUCGAAGCGACAUCGGUUGACUCGUCUACUAAAACGUACAAAUCGCCCAAGUCCUUCCAAUAUAAAUUCUAAAUCUAGCGGUAUAUUGCUUCUUAUCCGAGUUAGUUUGAUCGUUUGCAUUGUAGUGUGAGCACCAAAGCGUGGCGCCACGCCCCACAUCAUGUUCGUUCUAGAGCAAUAAGCUAAUUAUCCCUAGCACCUCCUUUCAUAUGAUUCACCUAAAAGAUGUUGAUUGAGAAGCCAAAUGUAGCGUUGAUUCAAUAAAUGUGUUAUUUAAUGUCCAAAAUCAA